UACGAACAGUGUUUAGUAUUUUAGUCACCACGCGCUUGUGUUUAUUUAGUGUUUAUUAAGCUUCUCUACUAAGCGUUAAAUACGUAAAACAGUCAAAUGACGUUAACGUAGCGUUAACAAACACGUUAGUCGUUAUAUAACACAUGACGUUGCUACAUUGAGUCGGUACUUUCACUGAGAGGGUGUUUCAACUAGGAGCGAAUGAGCACUUAGUGUUUCAUUAUUUUAUUUAUCUGCUAUCUAUAUUACUUUUAAAAGUUAAACGUUGCGGAUUUUCACAUCAAGUUCGCUAGUGUCGAGCAAGUCACGAAGAAUCUACAAAUAAAUAAUUGCAAUUUCUCUUCAAAGAUUUUCAGAAAUAACCUCUUUGAAUUUAAACCAUUCAAGUACACUUUCCGUAAAAAAUGACAAUGCCAGUGUCAGUCAAAAUGUUUAUGAACUUGUUUCUGCUGGCGGCGACGUUUCUCCUGCACGUGACGGGGGAUGAUAUAUGUGAGGGAGGGAAAUUGCAGAUCGUUCCUGACCCCAAGGACUGUGCAGGCUUUGUGAUAUGUCAUGGCACACACCGCUUCCGGUUCUCGUGCUCCUCCAAGGGGCCACCCAAGGUGUUCGAUCCUCUAAGCAAGACGUGCGUCCUCAUGGGAACCACAUACGACCACAGCAAAUGCAGCAGUUUUGCCCCACUCAAGCCCACGUGUGUACCAGGUCAGCACGGCAUGUUUCCAGAUCCGUACAGUUGCGCCAAAUAUUACCAGUGCACGGGUGGCUCUCAACCCUUACUCAGGGAGUGCCCGUACCCGCGCCUUUACGACCCCCGUACAUACUCGUGUAGAGUAUACAUGUUUGUGAAGUGUGGGGCUCGCAGGGAAUCAAAAGACCCUUGUGAUUACAAAUCCAACCAGUGCGCGGGUAGUGGUUGCAUCCCUUGCCGCGCGCGAUUUGGCACAUGCCUCGGAAAACCGAAUGGUCCAAACGCUUGGGAGGACAAGCUGUGGACGCCUCACUUCUUGAUCUGCCGGGACGAACGGGUGAUUCUUCAGGGAGACUGUCGACAGGGCGGGAAACUGAAGAUCUUUAACCCUUUCACUCGGAGGUGUAUGCCCAUGGCGGACAUCUACAAGAUGAUGUCACAGUUUGGCCGAAAAACACCGAUCUAACACACCCGUUUAGACACAUAUUCUGACAUUAUUUGAAAGUGAUACUAUGUGAUAGAAGACUUUUUCUUAUGCAACAUAGUGCUGUAAAGGCGGAACACCUGAACCCGUUUUCAAUUGCAAACAAGGGAGAUAGUUUUCCUGCAGAUUAGGUCAAUUUCAAUUCCCUAUAAACAAGAAAUCUACAAAAAGAUCACCCAUAAGUAAUAUCAUAGCAUCUGUUUACAUUUCUCCGCUCUGUAAUGAGGAACACUUGUUCUUCCCUUUUAAAUCUGUCUCCAUUUCCGACACAAACUAGACCAAUGUAUAACACUUACCAAAAUAAAAAGAAUUCCACAUCAAAAAUGGUAACGAUGGCCCAUAUGUGAGAACAUUAACGGUUACGACGACAUCAUAGGAGACAUCAUUAACAGUAACGAUGACAUCAUAGGUGACAUCACUAACGGUUUCGAUGAUAUCAUAGGUGACAUCAUUAACGGUUACGAUGACAUCAUAGGUGACAACACUAACGGUUACGAUGACAUCAUAGGU